AUGUUUAGUUUGCCUGCACUUCUAGGCUCGAAGCUUGACCUGCGGGUCUGUGACUCGAUCGGCUGGGCCCUAGCUUUUUACACUGAGUUCUGUCCCAGAAAGCUCGAAGAUGGUAGCUGGUCGUAUCGAGUGCGCCUUGACUUGAGUGUUUUUGCCAUUCUACCACUGCUGACGCUUAUUCGACCUUCCGGGACGGCGCACUUCUCAAAUUGUACCAUGCCCGUCUUCUCUCUCGGUCUCUCCCCUGUGGUUGGUGCUGCAUCGGGCAAUCUGCGGCGACCCCUUUCUCCAGUUGUUGGCAGUGGCGAUGAUUUAAAUGGUGCCAGUCUUGGCCUACUGGAUGAUACCUUUAACGGUACCUCGUGGCUGGCCGUUGGUUUAGAGUCCUCAGAAGUCGAAGUGGUGACCAUUGGCCCCGACGGUCCUGCUGUUGCCUCCAAACCCUCUGCCAGUCCACCACCGCCGGCGCAUUUCAGACUAACCCACCACGAAAGCUGUGUCCUUGCUCUGCGCUUUGCGCACACUGCUGACUGGUUUGUGACCACUGGCAAGGACCACCAGGUGAACGCUUGGCGAACUCCCUAUGGAGCUUGUCUUUUCGAGACCAAAGAGGCCGCGUCUGUGCUGACCUGUGACAUCUCACCAGAUGAUAAGUUCAUUGUGACGGGUUCCGGCGACAAGAGAGCCAAUCUCUACGAGGUAGUGUAUGGACCCUCGUGCUAA